UAGAUUUAGCCCGAGAAUUAGGAACAGGAUUGUCCAUUUGGGAACUUGGACAAGGUCUAAACUAUUUUUACGACUUAUUAUAAUAUUUCCAGUGGCCGGAUUUCUGGAGAGGUGAGCGCAUUCCCCCAGGUGGUAUCUCAUCAGCGUUCACUCAUCGUGUGGCUAGAAUUCUAUCCAGAAACAAGCGGAUAAUAACAUAAUCGUUUCUGACCAGUCACUCAGACUCCAGCAACCUCAACAUUCAUCAUCUACAUCCAUCUUAUCAAAGAGAACUGGUACACUUAUACAAGCGAGGUUAGAUGAACAUGGAUCAGCAGUGUCUUAGUGAGCGUCCUGUCCGGUUUUGUUAUAAAUUAUGAUUACGAUAUGUAGUGCGAGUACUUGUGCUAAGUGACCGGGAAAAUAAAUAAAAAAAUAAUAGAGGUAUAGAGAGUAAAGUAGUAAGCACGUGGCGGUACACCAACAGAACCGAGAGCGUUCGAGUUCGCCCGAUCACUCGCCACCAGGCUGCCACUACUUCCAUCUGGUACCACCUCUUAUUGGAUAACAACUGCCAGACCCCAAGUCUUUUCUGCUACCACCGUUGAUCCAACGUCGUUCAGUAGAUACUUUUUUACCCUAUUCCAAUCGGCCAGCAACUCUCCCAGUAUCAGGUUCUUAACUUACGUUACUCGUGGAUGGACCAAAUAAUCGUGAUGAUUACUUCCUUACUAGAAAUUUAAUUACAAUAUUUUAAUAUUUACUCUAGUGAUUUUUAAUUUAACUUUUAGUAUUCGUAUAAUUGUUUUUAAAAAUGUCGUUCAUACGUUCGGCUGGUGAUAUUAUUGGAUUUCUUCUGUUAUCGUUGAUCACAAUCAUUGAGUCAAUGAUAAAAUCAUUGAUUCCGAAGAAAUAUAAAAUGAAAAGUGUCGCGGGUGAAAUCGCCCUCGUUACCGGGGGUGGCGGAGGACUUGGAAGGCUUCUUUCAUUACGGCUCGCUAAUUUGGGUGCUACCGUUGUCGUCUGGGACAUCAACGAAAACGGAAUUGAUGAAACAGUUAAAUUAGUACGCGCGGCUGGUGGAACAUGUUACGGAUACGUUUGCAAUCUCUGUAGUCGUGAGGAUGUGUAUAAAAAAGCUGAAAUUUUGAAAACCGAAGUCGGCGCGGUGUCAAUAUUGAUCAACAAUGCUGGAAUUGUUACGGGAAAAAAAUUUAUGGAGACAGCUGAUGAGCUCAUUAUCAAAACGAUGGAAGUUAAUACUAUGGCGCAUUUUUGGACUGUAAAGGCUUUUCUACCGACGAUGAUGGAAAAAAAUAGCGGACACAUUGUCAGUAUCGCUAGUCUUGCUGGUCAUGUUGGUGUUCCAAAACUUGUUGACUAUUGCGCUUCGAAAUUUGCUGCCGUCGGAUUUGAUGAAGCUCUGAGAAUGGAACUUGAGGCUGAUGGUUACAACAAAAUAUAUACAACAGUAAUAUGUCCUUUUUUCAUUCGCGCCACUGGUAUGUUUGAAGAUGUCGAAGCAAGAUUUCUGCCGCCUUUGAGCCCAAAUGUCGCUGCCGAUCGUAUUAUAACAGCAAUAAGAUGUAACGAAAAAUUUGCCAUUAUACCAGGCUACCUUCAAGGUCUUCUUGCAGCUAAAUGGAUAUUUCCGUGGAAUUGUGUUGCGAUGUUCCUUCGCGGGUUAGUAAGAGACGCGUCACCUCAACACGAUCAACCAAAGAAAGCCUCAGACAAUAAUCAACCGGAGUAUGAAGCAUCUAAAGAUCCCAAUGGCGCACUUCAUCAGCAGCUUACAAGACGUGUAUCGAGUUCUGAGAGAAAACCAUGAAAUUACCUCAACUACUACUUCUACUACUUCUUCUUGUACUUCUUCUUUAUAUAUAUUACGGUUAAUACGUAGAGUUAUUUUUUACAAUAAUUAUACGAGGUCUAAAUAACAGACACUCGUGUUUUACUUGUUCACAGCGAAAGUAAAGUGAAUAAUAUGGUUGUGAUGUUAAUAAUGACGGGUCCAAUGUGUUUUUAAAUAUUAAAAUUUUUAAAAUAUAUUAUUAUUAUAAAUAGUAAAUAAAAGUAAGAAAAAGAAAAUAAAUAGAAACUCAGACCAAUUACUUUUCUGAUAAAUGAUAUUAAACAUAUAUAUAAUAUAUAUUUAAUUAUGUUCUUUUAAUUUUUAUCAAGUCGUCAGCAAUUUCCUCAGGAUUUAGAUUUGAUUUUAUUUUUUUUUGUAUGUAAUCAAUGUAAAUUUUUUAAUGAUUAAUUGAAAAAAUAUUUGAUUGCCUUUGAAAUUAGUUAUGAAUAAUUAAUGUACAUAUUUAAUAUAAUUAAUAUGUGGGAUAAAUAUUAAAAAUAAUAAACAGUGCCGCCACUUGCCUCGGUGUUAAUUGAUACCGAACUGGUGAUAAUUAUAACUUAUAAAAUUUUAAAUCAAUUAUUUAUUUCAUAAACUAUUUUUUAAACUAAUGUACUUUCAAACCUAUUAUUAUUUAAAUGAGAAAACAACUAUCUGGAAAAUAUUAUUUAACGUCGCUAAUUAGCGGUGACGAUAUAAAAAUAAAUAAUUAUCAUCGGCCUUUGAAUUAUUAUUUCUCGUUUAGCUGGAAGCGUUUAGAAAUACUAUAAAAAUAAUAAAUUUUAAUUAAAUUAUAAUUAUAAGAAAUACUGAAAAGUGAUAACUAAUAAAAAUAACCAAUUACGUGUCUUAAAAAUAAUAAUUUAAAUAAAAUAUUUUUUACAUCCACUUGAAAAUUAUUUACUGUAAUUAAGUGCUGCAGGUGAAAGCAUGACAUGUACAAAAUAUAUAUAUAGACCAAUGUUUUUUUUAAAUUACA